AUGCUUGCUGCUAUGAAAGAGGACAUAACAUUGGAACUUGGGAGCAACAAAAAAGCAAAGCCUUCAACCCUUUUGUUUGAACUUGUUCUUUCUUACUACUCUCGGGGUAUUGUGGUUGGCAUGAUCAUGGAGUUCAGAUCCAAGUCAUGCAGAGAUGAAAGGCUCCAGAUUGAAAGCAACGGUGGAGGCAAGGUGGCCCCAACAAGCAUGCAAGAUCUGAGGUGUCAGAGUGCUAAAAAUGCUUCUUCUGGCUGUGCACACCAGAUAGGUAGCACUGGUAAGGAGGUGAAGGUGAAGAGAGGGAAAAGGACAGCUGCUAAACCAUCAAAAAGUUGGAGCUUCAGUGACCCUGAGUUGCAGAGGAAGAAGAGAGUUGCUGGCUAUAAAAUAUAUGCUGCAGAAGGCAAAAUGAAAGGCUCUCUAAGAAAGAGUUUUAGAACUUCUUUGAGCACCAGAGAGUUUACGGAGCGCUCCCGGACUAGCAUCCAUAGUGAGAGGAUGAGAGGGCUCACCCUCAUUCCCAACAACUGCAUCGCGACUUCUGGAUACAGCACCUCGCCUUGUAGAUCCACUUGGCCGGAACAAAUUAGAACUGGACAACUGCAUAUACCAUACACUAUUUAA